UCCAGCUCCUGCUGGGGUGCGAGAGCUGCACUCACCAGAGCUGCUGUUCCAUCAUUUAACACACAUGAAUAAAAACCAGACCUGUACAAACUUGGACAGGUUUCCCUCUGGGCACAGGGCUGGGCAGCCUCUGGUCAAGUCCUGCUCCUCCUCCUCCUCUUCCUCCUCAGUGUGCCUUGGGCAUCCCGAGCAGCGCCUGCUGCCGUGCAUGUCUCUGCAGACCCUCAGUGCCCGGUUGGUGAAGGCUGCCCCGCUCCAGCAAACUGUGCCCAGGCAUUUUUGCUGCCUCGUUGUGCAGGGCCCAUCGUGGGGUGAGGGGACGAGGCUGCCAUCCCGCACCAGACCAAAGCUGGGCGAGUGCAGUGCGGCCGGCGAGAGGGAGAAGUCCGGGGCUGGGCACUGCCGACCGUGUCUGGAGAGUUCAGCCAAAUCCAGCUCCGUGGGGGAACUGGAUCCACCCUGCCAGCACAAACAGCUAUUAAAGGCCAAAGCAGAGCUCCCGGCACACGGAUCUGUGUGAGGUAAAGCCGUGAAUUGCACUUGAGAGAUGCAAAAGUUUUUCCAGGUGCUGCUGCAAUCCUGCCUCUCCUCCAGUGUGUCCUGGAGCAACCCCAGCCCCCGACUCUCCCAGCAACACGGCCCAACUCAUGGGCUGGGGCUGGUCCCUCACACCAAACUCUAUAUAUAUGGCAGGAAUGCGGAUUGCGCAGAGGGCUGUUGCUCCCGGUGCCCGAGGAUGUGGCUGUGCCUGGCGGUGGUGCUGGCGGGGCUGUGCCUGCUGCGGCGCUGGCACCGGGAGCGGCAGACGGUGCCGAGGCUCUCGGAGAAGUCGGUGCUGAUCACGGGCUGCGACAGCGGCUUCGGGAACCUGCUGGCGCGGCAGCUGGACGCGCGGGGGCUGCGGGUGCUGGCCGCCUGCCUGACCGACACCGGGGCUGCGCAGCUGCAGGCGGCCGCCUCGCCGCGGCUGCAGACCAUCCUCCUGGAUGUCACCUCCAGCCAGAGCAUCGCCGCCGCCGCCGCCUGGGUCCGCGAGCGUGUGGGGGACGCAGGGCUCUGGGGGCUGGUGAACAACGCGGGGAUCGCCAUUCCCACCGGCCCUAACGAGUGGCUGACCAAGGGCGACUUCGUCAAGGUGCUGGACGUCAACCUGCUCGGCCUCAUCGAGGUGACGCUGAGCCUCCUGCCCCUGUUGAGGCGGGCGCGGGGCCGGGUGGUCAAUGUGGCCAGUGUGAUGGGCCGUGUCUCCUUUUUUGGCGGGGGGUACUGCAUCUCCAAGUUCGGCGUGGAGGCCUUCUCCGACAGUCUCCGGCUUGAGAUGCACAACUUUGGGGUGAAGGUCAGCAUAAUCGAGCCAGGCUACUUCAAGACGAUGCUCCUCAACAAGGAGAACAUGGAGAAUGAGAUUCUUUCCCUCUGGGAGAGGCUCCCUGAGGAAACCAAAACAAGUUACGGGGAGAAGUACUUGAAGGAGUUGCUGGUGGGACUCAACAUGCUGCAGAAGAUGUGCAACUCCAACCUGACGCUGGUCACGGACUGCAUGGAGCACGCGCUGACCAGCCGCUACCCCCGUGCCCGCUACUCGGCGGGCUGGGACGCCAAGCUGCUUUACAUCCCGCUCAGCUACCUGCCGUCAGCCCUCACGGACACCAUAUUCACCUGGUUAUACAGCAAACCUGCCCAGAAAGCCUAAAGCCGGGGCGCGGCGUUGGCAGCCAACGGGCAGCAGCAGCGUGGGCUCCGGCAUCGCCCUCAGCCGAGGCCGUGCCAACAGGGUCCUGAAUUUCUAACGCAAUGUACGGCUCACAGCCCGCUGUCCCCUGCUAGCAGACCUGUUUGCUUCUGAAUAAAGACAACUCCUCCGCUGCA